GGCCGAGAAGUUCGACAACAAGUUCAACAUCUUGAAGAAUCUGGAGCUGCUUCGAGUUGUCGGGGCGAACGACCGCACCGCUGUGACGCAGUUGGUGACUGUGGGAGAUGGUGUGGGCACCAACCUGGCUGACAUCAACUUUCAGGAUGCCCAG